CUAUACUACUGUGACUCGUGCACUUGCGAGGACUAUUAAAUUGUCUAUCAAUUUUUGGUGCCGUUGCCGGGGAAUUUGUUUAACUAGUUUUUGGAAAAAAUUUAAUUUAGUUUUAUUUUAGUUAGUUGUGCUUGUUUUUUUUUUGUUUUUUUUGUUUUGUUUUUGUUGUAUGCUUGGUCGCAGGUCACUUAAUCCAGAUUUGAUUCCGCUGAACGAUCAAGUAGAUUUAAUUGGCAAAAGGAUAAAAAGGAGGCUCCAAUUUGCUGCUAAUCCAAAAAUGGGUGAUGCACAAUUGAUGAAAGAGUUUGGGAGACCAACUGUAGGUGCCUCCCCGUCCUGCAUUGUAUUGAGUGAAGCUGCCCGCAAUUAUGAUUUGAAGACCGUUCACUUUAAUCAGUUGCCAUCUUUCUAUGGGCUUUCUUCUCAGGAUGCGUUGAUUUUUAUUCGAGACUUCUAUGGCAUUGUUCAGAAUUUUCCAUUGCAAGGCGUGACAGAAGAUGAGCUGAGGAUGAGGUGUUUUCCAUACACUCUUAAAGAUGCUGCAAAGACAUGGUUUAUGUCUUUAACACCAGGAUCGUUGCGCACGUGGGCUGAUGUAUACAACAAGUUCAUCGGCAAGUACUAUUCUCAGUCCAAAACUUCAGAAUUAAGAAGAAAAAUAGCCAAUUUCACGCAGGCUGAAGGUGAGCCAUUCCAUGAGGCGUGGGAGAGAUUCAAGAUGCUGCUCACACAGUGCCCUCACCACGGUUAUUCCCUGGCGCUCCAAAAUCAAACAUUCUAUGACGGUUUGACCCAAGGAAGCCAAGCAAUCGUUGACAACGCAGCUGGAGGAGCAAUGGGGGAGAAGACUGCUGAACAGACCCUAGCGUUAUAUGAGAUGCUUGGAGCUAAUUCCCAGCAGAAGAGCGUUCGUGGGAAGACUCAAGGGAUGUACGAAGUUGGUGUGAGUACAGAACUGGCCAUCCAAAUAUCCGAGCUAUCCAAGCAAAUGAAGAAUAUGUGUUCCAUGAUGGCGAUGAAUCAAUCUGCCGCUGCAGUGAAUGAAAUGCCCGAGGCUAGUCUUGAACAAGCUAAUAUGAUGAAUUCAUACAAUCAGAGGUCAAGGAACGAUCCCUUCUCCAAUUCCUACAACCCCGGUUGGAGGAAUCAUCCGAACUUCUCAUGGUCUAACGCGCAACAAGGGAACCAGCCAACUGUUGAACCCAAGAAGCCUUCUUUGGAGGAUACUUUGCAGAAUUUUAUGCAAAUCUGCAGCAACAACCAGCAAGUUAACGAGCAGCGUUUUCAGCGCACUGAUGCCUCUUUGAGGAAGCUAGAAGUACAAGUUGGUCAGAUUGCAGAAUCUCUCCAAGGACACGUGCAAGGAAAGCUACCGAGUCAAUCUGAAGAGGCCAAAGCUGUCACGGUUCUUAGAAGUGGGAAGGUAAUUCAGAAAAACGAAGAGCAGCCUGUUCCCAAGCUACCGGAGAAGGUAGAGGCUGAGAAGAAGCAAGAAGUAGAAGCUGAAAAGAAGAAAGAAGUGGAGGCUGAUUCGGUGUACGAAGAGUCCGGGCUGCACAAAGCAAAAGAUCCGUAUAUUCCGCCUAAACCAUAUGUGCCGCCGGUUCCUUUUCCAAACAGGUUAAAAAGUUCCAAGUUUGACAAAUCUUUUGAUGAGAUUUAUGAUUUGCUGUCCAAAGUUAAUGUUAAUCUGCCUCUUCUUGAAAUGAUAACUAAUAUGCCCGCCUACGCUAAAUUUUUGAAAGAAUUAAACACUAGAAGGCGUAGGUAUGAGCCGAAUGAAAAGAUUUUUGUUUCUAAGGCUGUGAGUGCUGUUUUACAAAAGGACUUGCCCCCAAAAUUAGAAGACCCUGGCAGCUUUAUUAUCACCAUUAAUUUAGGGAAUUCUAGAACUGAAAAAGCUAUGCUUGAUUUGGGGGCGAGUAUUAAUUUAAUGCCUUAUUCUGUUUAUUUGAAAUUAGGUUUGAAUGAGCUAAAAACCACUACAAUGUCCCUGCAGCUUGCUGACCGCUCUAUAAGAUACCCUAGGGGCAUUGUAGAGGACGUUUUAGUUCAAGUUGAUAAGCUUAUUAUUCCCGCUGAUUUUGUGGUUUUAGAUAUGAGUGAUCAGUGCAAAAUGUGAAAGAUAUGCCAAUCUUACUUAGUAGACCUUUUAUGGCAACGGCUAAAACUAUGAUUGAUGUUCAAAAUGGAAAAUUAACUAUGAGUGUGCUUGAUGAAACUGUUGAAUUUUCCAUUUUGAAAUUCAUGAAUAUGCCGGCUGAUUCUGAUUCAUGUUUUGCACUUGAUAUGCUUGAUUCUAUUGUUCCUUUGAGUGUGUUACAAGAGGAUGAGCUUGAGUUUGCUUUAACUCUUGAUGUGCAAGAGUUUGAUGAUGAAAAAGUGAGCGAGAGGAGGGAUAUUCUGGACAAAACUGAGGUGCAAAGUGAGGAAAUAGUAGCUGAUUGUGUUCUGGAAAAAAAUCAGCAUGUUGAAAACCCACCUCAAGUGCAACUGAAACCCCUCCCCUCGAAUCUGAAAUAUGUGUUUUUAGGGUGUGAUAGUACUUUGCCUGUUAUUAUUGCUUCUGACCUGACACAGGAACAAGAAGAGCAGUUGCUUAAGGUGCUGAGGAAGUUUAAAGCUGCGUUUGGUUGGGCGAUUUCUGAUUUGAAAGGAAUUAGCCCAACGGUUUGUAUGCAUAAAAUCUUGUUGGAAGAAGGUGUUACUCCAUGUAGGCAACCUCAACGGAGGCUGAAUCCGAACAUGAAAGAGGUAGUGCGUGUGGAAGUUCUAAAGUUGCUCGAUGCAGGUAUUAUCUUUCCUAUUUCUGACAGUAAAUGGGUUAGUCCUGUGCAAGUUGUGCCUAAAAAGUCUGGGAUUACUGUUGUGAGUAAUGAGAAAAAUGAGUUGGUACCCACACGGGUUACCACAGGGUGGCGAAUGUGUGUUGAUUAUAGAAAAUUAAAUGCUGCCACUAAAAAAGACCAUUUCCCUUUGCCUUUUAUUGACCAAAUGUUAGAGCGCUUGGCUGGUCAUGCGUUCUAUUGCUUUCUUGACGGUUUUCAAGGUUACAAUCAGAUUCCGGUUGCUCCCGAGGACCAGGAAAAAACUACUUUUACAUGUCCAUUUGGCACUUUUGCUUUUCGUAGAAUGUCUUUUGGAUUGUGUAAUGCUCCUGGUACUUUUCAGCGGUGUAUGAUGUCUAUUUUUUCUGAUAUGAUUGAAAAGUUUGUUGAGGUUUUUAUGGAUGAUUUUUCCUUGUUUGGCGACUCUUUUGAUCAGUGUUUGCAUAAUCUGUCGCUAGUUCUUGAAAGAUGUGUUCAAAUGAAUUUGACUCUUAGUUGGGAGAAGUGUAAUUUUGUGGUUAAAGAAGGGAUCGUUUUGGGGCAUGUGAUUUCUAAUCGGGGGAUUGAAGUAGAUAGGGCUAAAAUUGAUGUGAUCGCUAAACUGCCACCCCCUACUUCCGUUAGAGGGGUGCGUAGUUUCCUGGGUCAUGCAGGUUUUUAUAGAAGGUUUAUUAAAGAUUUUUCUAAGAUUUGUAAACCUCUAUGUAAUCUGUUAGCUAAGGAUGCGAAUUUCAGUUUUGAUGAUGAAUGUCUUGUUGCUUUUAAUGUGCUGAAAGAAAAAUUAACUUCUGCCCCAAUACUUGCUGCCCCGAACUGGUCUUAUCCGUUUGAGAUUAUGUGUGAUGCCUCCGAUUUUGCAAUCGGUGCUGUUUUGGGUCAAAGAAUUGACAAGCUGCCUUAUGUCAUUUAUUAUGCCAGUCGAACUUUAGAUGAUGCACAGAUUAACUACUCUACAACUGAAAAAGAAUUGUUAGCAGUUGUCUUUGCAUUAGAAAAGUUCAGGUCUUAUUUGAUUGGAUCUAAGGUGAUUGUUUAUUCUGACCAUGCUGCUUUGAAAUAUUUGUUGCUGAAAAAGGAUGCUAAACCUAGGUUGAUUAGGUGGAUUUUAUUGUUGCAAGAGUUUGAUUUGUCUAUCAGGGACAAGAAAGGAAGCGAGAACGUGGUGGCUGAUCAUUUAUCACGCCUCCCCGAUCAGAUUAUACAUUCUGGGAAGGAUCUGGAGAUACCUCUUAAUGACAGGUUUCCCGAUGAAGGUUUGUUUUCUGUGAUGAGUAAAGAGCCAUGGUAUGCUGAUCUUGUUAAUUAUUUAGUUACCGGUAAGUUUCAUCCCGAUUUAAAUUCACAGGGUAGAAAACAUUUUCUCUCCAAAGUGAAAUAUUAUUUCUGGGAUGAACCUUACUUGUUUAAAAUCUGC